GCUGGAUCAAGCUAGGUUACGUCAAGUUAAGGUUAGGGUGUUUGGACCAAUAGGUGUCUUGUUUAUGUCACCUGUUGAUUCACACGGCCGCGAAUGUCAUAAUUACCUCAGAUCACCAUAUGUUAUACGCAAAGUUUUCUUUUCCAAUACUUUUCUUGGAUUAGACAGCAAUGGACGUCGCAAAUUGAUCGCCGCAGCUGCAGGCUUAUAAUAACAAAUUGCACAUGUUUUUAAGUGUGAACACGCUUCAGCAUGUAUAUAUAGAAUAUCAAUCUACGAUAUAAUAUCUAUGAUUCUAUGAUAAUGAUUUUGUCAUUCUACUUUUAUCGUUGAUUCACGUACAUAAAAUUCAUGUCGCAGUCCUAGAAUAGAGCAUUUUCGCGAAUAUGAAGAAUAAAAAAGUAAGACUCAAAAAAAUUUAAUAUGUACACGCAAUAUCUGCGAAAGGAGGUCUUAACAAGAUAAUUGAGUUCAACGAAGGUCAAAUGUAAUGACUGACGGCACGAGUGUAAUAUAGUUUCUACUUGAUGUUAGAUCACCUGGCAUUAGUUCCGACAAACCGGAUGAUUUUAUCGAAUUUUUCAUUGUGACAAUGCAUUUCCGCAAGCAAAGAUCGAUAUUUCUGAUUGGCUGUGGAAUUGGUUUUGUUCUUCCAUUGUUACUCGUUUCAUUAAGAAAUACAUUUGUAACCGAUUCUAUCGUUAAUGAAGAUCUUUCACUGUGGCAACCCGAGUACUACUUGAAUAAAGAACCUCGUCACGAGAAAAUUGCUUUGCAACUUUGGAAACGGGCGAACGAGACGUCCAACUUCAAUAGCAUUACAUAUCACACUUGGUUGGCGGCGCAAAACUUGAAAAUACACAAAAUUGAUCUGGAUAAGUACUUGUACGGUCCGCAUAAAGGAGAUGAAAGCACAGAAUGGAACUGGUUAAAAAAGCAAGUGUCCGUCACGUGUGUGGUUUUCGUGGAAAAGCUCAAGCUGGGACAAUCGAUCAAAGCCACGUGGGGCAAACGUUGCAACAAAAUAUAUUUCUUUGGACACCGUUUGAAGAAUGCGGAAUUGCCUGUUAUUAAUGUAGAUGUAAAAAUUGUGUCUUCCUGGCAGCUUUUAUGUGAAGCUAUGAAUUACAUUUGGAAGGUUGAAGACAAGCUAGAAUGGAUUAUAUUUGUGAAAGACGAUACUAUUGUUAUAACAGAAAAUCUGCGCUACAUGGUCGCCCCAUUAGAUUAUAGGCGUGACUAUUAUUUGGGUCAUCCGGUGGUUUUGUGGGGUCAGACUUACAAUGUUGCUCAAUCCGGAUAUGUUCUUAGUAAAGGAGCACUGGAUAAAGUAGUCCAAAUGUUCAAUACUGCGGAAAAAUGUAAGAAGGGUGGAAAGUAUUGGAAAAAGGAAGAUUAUUAUCUUGGAAAGCACCUGUCGUCCUUAGGCAUACGUCCGUCCGAUACCAGAGAUCAGUACUUAAGAGGUACUUUCCAUGGUUAUUCCUUACAAAAUCUUCUGUGGGGUGUCGCGAAGCCAGACAGCUAUUUCACGCGUGCUGUAUACCCGAUAAAAAGAGAAUACUGCUCUUCAAUAUCUGUAACUUUUGGCGCCAGCGAGCCUGAUAAAAUGCACACGCUAAAUUAUCUGUUGUAUCAAUUGCGUGUAUUGAAUGGCGAAAGCCGAUUUGGUAAUAUUCCUGCUGAAGUUUCGGUACCCGAAGAGAAUGUUUGGAAGAUUGCAUUGCAAGAAGAAUUUAACAUCACACAUUUGAGUGAUAUAUCUAGCGACGCUUAUUUCGAAAUAUGGCACUCAAGAUACUCCGAACCAGGCCAGUUAAAAAUUACUAAAAAUUAUCGGAUGACGUCGGAUGCGCUAAAUUGUUUACUGGCGAAUUACAAAGCGGGAAAUAGGUCUGCGUAUGACUGUAGGACUAAAAGUGUUGUCGACAGUACAAAAAACUGAAUGAGUUAUUUAUUCGAAGACUAAUUUUAACAGUUUACUAUAGUUGUCAAAAGAAUUUGUACAAAGGAUUGAAAGAUGGUGAAUAUUUGUGAUAUCUCCUUUUUUAUAUAUUUGAUCAUUUAAACAUUAAAAAGAUAUAAGAUUGACAAAGUAUAUUAAUAAAAAAAGGAUUGAUAUAA